GUCAAUCCCGCUGCAGUUUUAUUUUUUGUUUUUAUUUCUCUUCUUCAGUCCUAGUUUUUAUGUUCGUCAUGUUUUUAUCGCGUGUUUUUGUUUCGUCACAAGUCAAGUUUUUAAACCGUUCGGUGACGGUAACACGACGAUCUGGGAUUAAAUACCGAAAUCAAAAGUGAAAGUGUGGAGCGUCGUCGUGUUCGCUUCACUUUUAGUUUGUUUCCUGAGAUGAGACUAAAAAACCCAGACGUCAGGACGAUGAUCCGGAUCAUUCUGUCCGGAUUGUUCACAAUUCUCAUAAAUGCUGCUGGAGCCGCAGACGUGGUUCUGAAGUGUGAACUGGUGGAGGACGGUGCUGGGCGGGGGUCGGCCUUCGUACACUCUCCUGCUACUCUGGUCCUGAGAGAUGUUCCAGUUACACUCGAAGACUCGGAGGAAACUCUCCCCCCGUUUGUUCCCCCUCCAUUCCCUGUCCCGGACCUCGUCCUGAUCGAAGUUGAAGCAUCAUCAGUUCACAUCCCCAACGCCGAGGUGCUGCUCCACGCAGACUGUAACGAGCAGGAAGUGAUGUGUGAGAUUAGCCGCUACGCUACCACUGGUCCCAGGGAAGACCCAGACCCGGUGUACUUCAUAGUGACACUAACUGUAGGUGGCGCCGAGGUCAGCACCUCCCUGAUCUUACGGACCCUGACGGUGGAGAAGAAUCACCUGACAGUCGUCCAGAAGAACCUGGGUCUGCCCCUCAGCCCCCGCGGUUCUCUGCUGACCAAUGUGGUAUUCCUGGUUUUCUCCCUGAGAAAACUCGUGUCUUCUUCUCUGGGAGACGACAUUCUCCUCGACUGUGGAUUCAAACACGACGACGCGAGUCGGACACAGGAAGUGGACGUGGAAUGGCGACUGCAGCACAGAGGAAAAGGACAGAGAGUGUUUGAAAUGAGGACGAGGAUGGAAGGAGACGCAACCGUAGUGUACUCAGAACGGAAGAACUCGAGUGUCGACGCCGCCCGUGUGGUUGCGCAGGGGAACGUGUCUCUGACCUUGAACAGAGUGAAGGUCACUGAUGAGGGGAUGUACAUCUGCUCUGUCACUCUGGGAAAGUUCCAGGCCCAGCAGACCAUUCAGCUGUUUGUUCAACAACCACCUCAGGUUUCCAUCUCAGAGGAGAAGCUGGUCCUCAGGACGGCGUCUCCACAGGUUCUCCGUUGUCACUGCAGCAAAUAUUACCCACUCAGCGCUCAGAUGGAGUGGUUCUCCCUCUCUCCCACUGAUACAGAACCUGUCGUCUUUCCAGAUCAGGGUUCUCUGUCCAGCCAUCGCCAACACAACGACGGAACCUUCUCUCUGUCCUCUCACCUGGUUGUACCAUCAACCCUCACCCCUGGUACCAAAAUAAUCUGCAGAGUGUCUCACCCUGCUCUGGACGCUCCUGUCUCUGUGAGGACAGAGGUUGAAGGUUCAGAACCCGAUUCCUACUGGUGGUUUGUGGGUUUCCUCAUCAUCACUGUACUUUUCUUCUACCAGGUUAUGAGAUAGGUCAAAGGUCAAUUUUGAGCUGGAUUUUGUUUGUUUUUAGAAUUUGCCUCCGUGGUUUGUAUGGAAGCCAAUUUCAGUCACUUGAAAAAAAUAAUACGUUAAAUUAAUAAGUUAAAAUAACAAGAUACUAACUCAUAAAACUGAGAAAGUAUCUGACGGGCUUCCAUGAACUCACACCGUGUUGAAGGCCACUAAGAAGCAGGAAGUCGAAAACCCUGUUUCAUACUUGAAGACAACUUGUUCACAACAGUUCAGGAGCCACGAGUGACACUGGGUUUUAGGAACAAGCUGAUCCUGCAGUCUGUGGAGCACAGAGAGCCAGUGGAGUGAAGACAAGAACCCCAGCAACAAUGAAUAUAAAACCCCAUCUUUUCUCUGGCAAACUUUGACUUCAAACCGAUUCCAUUUUUAUGAAACUUUCAAUAUAUUUGGAUUAAAACAAAGGAAAACAAUGACUUCAAUUAGAAAAGCAAACUAUUGAAAAUGUGAAAAACACGUGGUUGUAAAAUCAAUUACAAUAAAACAAAACAAAAAACUA